CCCAGCAUCAGUACACAAACAGAAUUCAAACUAUUAACAAGUGAAGUGAAGUGAGAUUAAUCAACAAAAAUGCCAGCAAUUGGUAUUGACUUGGGCACCACCUACUCCUGCGUGGGUGUGUGGCAGCAGGGUAAAGUGGAGAUCAUCGCCAACGACCAGGGUAACCGAACGACCCCCAGCUACGUGGCCUUCACCGACACCGAGCGACUGAUCGGCGAUGCCGCGAAGAACCAGGUGGCGAUGAACCCGGCGAACACAGUGUUCGACGCUAAGCGCCUGAUCGGCCGUAAAUUCGACGACCCAAAGAUCCAGGCGGACAUGAACCACUGGCCAUUCAAGGUGGUGAACGAGGGAGGCAAGCCGAAGAUCGAGGUUGAGUUUCGUGGGGAAGUGAAGCGGUUCAACCCCGAGGAGAUCAGCUCGAUGGUCCUGACGAAGAUGAAGGAGACAGCCGAGGCUUACCUGGGUCAAAAGAUCAAGGACGCGGUGGUCACGGUGCCGGCGUACUUCAACGACUCCCAGCGCCAAGCAACGAAGGACGCUGGGGCGAUAGCUGGGCUGAAUGUCCUUCGUAUCAUCAACGAGCCGACAGCCGCAGCGCUGGCCUACGGCCUCGACAAGAACCUCAAGGGCGAGAAGAACGUCCUGAUCUUCGACCUGGGCGGCGGCACCUUCGACGUGUCCAUCCUGACGAUCGACGAGGGUUCCCUAUUCGAGGUAAAGUCCACCGCUGGGGACACCCACCUGGGGGGAGAGGACUUCGACUCCCGCCUGGUCGAGCAUCUCUGCAAAGAGUUCGAGAGGAAAUACAGGAAGAACCUGAAGAGCAACCCGAGGGCUCUGAGGAGACUCCGCACAGCAGCUGAACGAGCCAAACGCACGCUCUCCUCAAGCACCGAAGCCUCAAUCGAGAUUGACGCGCUCUUCGAGGGCAUCGACUUCUACACAAAAAUCUCGAGGGCUCGUUUCGAGGAACUCUGUGCUGACCUCUUCAGGGCGACCCUGGAGCCCGUGGAGAAGGCACUGGCUGACGCUAAAUUGGAUAAACGAUCGAUCCACGAUGUCGUGCUGGUGGGGGGCUCCACCAGGAUCCCGAAGAUCCAGUCGCUGCUGCAGAACUUCUUCUGUGGGAAGACCCUGAAUCUGUCCAUCAAUCCGGACGAGGCGGUGGCUUAUGGGGCUGCCGUCCAGGCGGCCAUUCUCACUGGAGAAGGGGACAAGAACCAGUCCCUCCAGGAUGUUCUGCUGGUCGAUGUUGCACCGCUGUCACUGGGGAUUGAGACCGCUGGAGGCAUGAUGACGAAUAUUAUUGAGAGGAAUGCGAGGAUUCCCUGCAAGCAGACGCAGACGUUCACGACUUAUGCGGAUAAUCAGCCUGCUGUGACCAUCCAGGUGUACGAGGGUGAACGGGCUAUGACGAAGGAUAAUAAUCUCCUGGGGAGAUUCGAGCUGAGUGGCAUUGCUCCUGCACCGAGGGGAGUCCCCAAGAUCGAUGUCACCUUUGAUCUUGAUGCCAAUGGGAUUCUGCACGUCACAGCCAAGGACACGGCCAGUGGUCGCAGCAGCGACGUCAGGAUCACCAAUGACAAGGGGCGACUGUCACGAGAGGAGAUUGAUCGCAUGCUGGCUGAGGCUGAACGAUAUCGCGAUCAGGACCAGCAGCAGAGGGAGAAGGUGACUGCGAGGAAUCAACUGGAGACGUAUGUCUUCUCGGUGAAGCAAGCUGUGCAGGAGCAGGGCUCCAGGCUCGAGCAGGGGGACAAGGACAGGGUCCUUCAACUGUGCGAGGAGACCGUUCGGUGGCUGGAUAAUAAUACUCUGGCUGAGAAGGAGGAGUACAAUGAUAAGCUGCAGGAGAUGCAGAGGCAGUGCUCGCCCAUCAUGACGAAGAUCCAUCAGGGCGCUGGGGGCGGACAGCCAGGGGCUGGGGCUCAGUUUCCCCAGGGGGGUGACCACUCUGGGCCGACGGUUGAGGAAGUGGAUUAGAGGCAGGGUGAAGUGAGGAGUGCAGAAAUACGACAGACUGAAAAGCUUUGUUAAUUUUAAGUAUUUCAUGAUUUUUUUUGUAUUUUUUUAUAGAAUAGGUUCCAUUUCGACAUUGUAAAUUUUGUGUUUUUUAGUCGUUAGGUUCUUUUUCGUACUUUCUUAUUGAAAAAAAAGUAUUUUUGAAUGGGAUAUGUUGUAAACCAAAAAAACAUGCAACAAAUGUAAUCAUGACUAUUGUUUGUGAAGAAUAAAUGAAAAAAAACAUUAGUUGAUUAUUUAAAAUUUAAAGUGUUAUUCAUGUCUUUAAACAUUCCUCUAUCCUGCGUAAGAAAAAUAGUGUUAAAAAUAAAAAAUUUGAUAGUUUUUCCUACAUUUUUUUAAUAGAGUUGGCCGAAAUUGAAAAUAA